AUGGCCGCCGUUGAGCUUAAAGCUCUGUUUUCCACCGGCUGGAGAUUAGCUGGAAGCUUUGCCGGGGAUGAGAGACUGCUGUCUGCUGUGGGACACCCCAACGGGGACAGAGCACCUGUGAUAUCCCUGCCAGCACCCAAGCAUCUCCGUGAAGAGGGAGUCCCAAGUCUUUACAAGAAGAGCCCCGGCCAUUUGAUGUGCCGUCGAGGAGCGAAGAGCACAGUUUCCAGUGGUAUCCCUGGAUCGAGGCUGGCCACGAGACCAUACCGCUUGGUGUUUGGCGGCAAGACUCGUGGCAGUUAG